UUUCUUUUUUCUAGCGGAGCAAUAAUCGUCGCUUACUAAAACUCCCACAAUGAGCACGUUCAAUCCACACAGAGGUAUGCCACCAGCAAUGUUGAAAUACCGGUUGCAACUGCUGGAUAACCAGGGCUACCACCUCGUCUACCCUCAUGGCAUAACGUUCGAGGACGCGUCGGCAUUCCUAUCUGGAUCUCUGAGGGAGCCCUUGUAUCAGGGUUGGACUUUCAGAGUGCUUUUCUACGCUCAUAAGAUAGCAAAUGAGACGGAGAUUAAGAUAGCACGGGACAACGUCGACCCCACGAAGUGGUUCAUUAGAAUAUACGUCGACGACAAAGGCAGAGUCGCCAAAAGCGGUAAUGAUGCCGACGGAGCAUUCAGUUCUGAUUUCGGAGUGCCGAACGUCAAGCAAGGCGACUACUAUACCCUCGCCAUUCGGUUCGAGGAGCCGAAAUACUACAGGGUAAUGUUUGAUACGAAUCAAGGGAAAGGACCGGCUGGCAAGCAACAUACAAUGGAAGAUGCACUAAAGGUGGAUCGAUGGCGCAUGAAGAUAAAACCUGGAGGUCACUACGUUUUAUCCGUUCACGCUAGCGAUGAACUGAAUAAGCUUCCGGCUAAUGGUCUGGAACAAGAAUACGUUCUUGAUGCCUUUGCAUUGGACAUAGGAUCUUUCGGCAUCUUUGAAGUGACGUACACGGGGUCUGACGGAAUGCUGAUGGUAAGCUUCAGCGUACCGAACGGCUACGAUAAGUCUACCACUUUCAGGAAAACUCCGUUAAAGCAAGGAGACGAUUUCUUAGUGUACAUCCGCAGCGCGCCGACGGGAUGGCUGGUGCAGGCCAGUUUCCAGGGCACGGCGGCGCUCGUGUUACGCCCUGGUGUUUACCCACGCAUCUCGCCGAAGUUUUCUGCGGCCUUUAUAAAGCGAAUGUACCUGGAACCUGGCCCCGUUUUAUAAUGCAGCGUCAUGAAACGUACAUACAGAUCCUAAUAAACGUUUCUCCAUAAGUGAUUUCCGUAGCAUUUCUUUUUAUUACAGUUUGCUACCGUGUGUUUUUUUUUUCUUCUUU